GGUGGGGGGCGGCUCGCGGCUCUGCAGAUGGAUACUGGCUAGCUAACGAAAUGGUGCGGGCGUUCUUAUUUUCGUUGUAGGUGACUGGCAAGACACGAUAUGUUGACAUUUUACUAGCUGUUCUACAUUAUAGCACAUUCUUACCUAAUUUUAUAUUGGUCUGCGUAUGAGCAUGAAGCCUAUUUUAGUGGCGUGUUUACAUUAGAGGGGUAAAGAGAACCGAAAUUCACAAUAGAUAACCUACGUUUCACCAUGGUUAGUUGGUUAGCUUCCUAGCUGUUGUCUGAAUUGGUCGAUCUCAUGCAAACAAUAAUAGAUCUAGGUUAGCUAGCUAGCUAGCCGAUUUGACACCGUAUGCCUGAUAAAACGUGCUAUCGCUAGCUAGCUAACCUAGCUAGCUACGUCUGCUCUGCUGGUCUCGAUUGUUGGUAAGGUGAUGAAGUCAUGACCGCUUUUUUUUCUGAGGGGGUGCUAAGGAAGCCAGUAUGCUACCUGUGAUUUUCUGAGAUGGUCAUCGGCUUCACUUCAGACCUCAUUUGCCAAGCCAUGGUUAUGCUUAAAGUUGAGCAAAUCCAUAGUCUUAACAUAAACCAAAGCCACUGGACAUCAAUCUGCCUCUGCAUGAUCCUUUCACACUCACUGAAUCCUGCUAGCCUACAGAUGGAUUGAUGCCUGAGAGCAGCUAUUGGCAACUCUGCCCUUCCUCAAAAUCUGGUCUGCAGGGUGUGCUGAGUUCCAGCUUCCCCCCCGGCCCUGUGCCUCUGGCGCCUUCUGCUGCCCAUCUGCCGGAGGGGGACACCCUGAAUCGUCCACUUGCCCCAAGUACCUCUGUGACGGACCUGUCUUUUCCCGGGCCUCCCCCUCCCCCCCCGCCACCCCCUAAACGCCACUGUCGUUCGCUGUCUGUGCCGGAGGACCUUUCACGCUGCCGGUAUACCUGGCGGCCAAGCGCCUCCAAGGUCUGGACACCAGUGAACCGCCGAUGCCACAGUGGAGGGGGCGCGGGGGGGCCAUGUCCGCUGCGUGCCCCCAGUUCCUCUCUGAAUUCCUCUCUGCAUUCUUCCUCCAGCCCCACCUUUUUUAGCUUGGCCCUUUCUCCAGAUUCCCCACUGCCAUGGACUUUCCCAUGGGAUCCCAGUGACACUGCUGGAGGUGGUGCCUGUUGCUGCUUUUUUCCUUCACCCUCUUCAUGCUCUUCUUCUCCGUCUCCUCUUCACCCUCCUCCUCCUCCGCAGCGGCGCUUCUCACUCUCUCCUGUACUCAUUCGUGAAGCUGCGGCACACUUCCUUCCACCCCCUCAGGUGCCCCUCCAGCCUACAGCCCAUCCACCAGCUGUGCCCGUCUCACCGUCAUCUGCGUGCAGCACUCCAUCUUCUGUGCGUCGUGCUCUUCCUCCUCAACUUCCCCGCUGUCACUCUCAGCCUUGUGACCUACUCCUGCUCAAGCCUGGCCUGAAGCGGCGCAGGGACCCAGACAGACCAUGUGCACGUCCUGGGCUGGAUUUUGCAAAAAUGACGCAGACACGAAGCACAGAUCCCCUCAGUUGUUUGGAGCGUAGUAGACUUGCCUGUGGAGGGGAUGUCUGCAUGGGCCUUGAGCCUUUCUUUGGAGACUUCCGAGGGUCGUGUUCACCCGCUGAAGGUUUGGGAAGGACAAGCAUUGGACCACUGAGUGAAAGUGAUGAGGAGGAGGAAGAAAGAGAGGAAGCGGACACUGCACGAGAUGGUGGACAACAAAGUGUUUUUGAGAGGGAUUGCACUGAAUUAGACAUUACCCUCAUUGAGGAGAAUUAAAAAUUGUGUAAAGGAUCCUCUUUUUCUCCACUGCAUUGCCAGCAUUCAACACUUCUGUUCACCACCUGCCACCCUAUUCUGGCAGGACUCUCAGGAACACUGCUGCUCUCUCAUGUGGCACGCAGGUGUAAAAAAUCUCAUUGAUGCAUUAAUGAAGACAUGUUGACUACUAUCAGUUAUUACAGGUAAUGCAGUUGGCAUUGGAUGAAGACCCAGUAUCAUAUUACAUUCCAGAAUCAGUCGCUAAGAUACUCUAAGGAUGUGAAUAUUAGAAGGCUGGGGAUACCAGCUAGGAUUUGUUAGAUGUUCUCUUAAAAAUCACUGACAGAUACAGCUUAAGGGGGGACUGGUCUUUGGCUUCUUGCUGUCUUUCCUUUUCAUGUCUUUUUCUCUCAGUAUGUUUUUGUUAGUGGGAAUAGUCUUUCGUGAAUGAUAGUUAUGAAUACCAGUGUUUUGUUCAAUUUGAAUAAAAAGGUCAAAAUGAGAUCUGUACUUUACUCUUUGGACUUUUCUACAUCUGAAAAAGUCCAUCUAAUUCAGCAAAAGCCUUAAGAUGCCUUUUUUCUUUAUUGAAAGACUCUUGAAAGAAAUUAAUUGUGUAUCUGUUGUCCUUACUGUUACUUUUCCUCUGUCUCUUUUUUUAACCUUUUAACCUGUACAAUGCAUUCCUCUAAAACUGAAUACAUUGAGUGUACAUUGAUUAAUGCACUGUAUUUGAGACAGAAACAGACUGAAUGCAACCACUGUAUUCUGAAGGCACAUUAUAAUACUGAAUACAUUGUACAGUGAGUAUUUGUUUAAAACAAACUGAGUAUAAAGAUGGUAGAUGGAAGGGUUCAGGUGUUUUUUCUGAAUUUAUUUCUGUUAUAUCUAAGGAUUCAAAGUUCAGAUUCAGUUUAUGCAUAAAGUUAAAUCGAAGUUAUUUUGGAAAAAGAAAGGCCAUCAAAUGUCAAACAUUUUCCUAAACUGUUCAAACUCUAUUUCAUCCACAGAUAAAAAAAACCCCCCAAAUAUCUGUCCAUGGUCAGUGUUUCAACUGAAAGGGGGGGGGCGGCGGUGCCAAUUCUGUAUAUUUGGCACUAAUUUACAUCUUAAGGUUGUUUCAGUGGAUGUGUUUAUAUACAUCAUACACAAGGACAUAACCACUGAUUAAAUCUUUGAACCCUAUAUCAAGGUACAUUAAUAAUUUAUAAAAGUUUCCUUUUAGCCUCAAAUUUCAUAGCUGUGACUCAUGUUAAUUAGCACAGAUUACAGUAUGAACAAAGAUACCAAUGUAUUGUAAAAUAGCAUUUACAAUAAAGCCUCUUAAUUUUU